UCCCAUUACUAUUCCCAAUUUCACAUUCCAUUUCUCUCUAUAAAUAAAAUUUCAAUUUCUCCAAACCAUUAUCAACAUAUUAUUUUUCUUUCAUUCCUUUCUUGAACGAACCAUUUCUUAUCAAGUUUCAAGCCGAGAAAAAGAAAUGGGAUUAGUUGACUGCAGUAACUAUCGGAAUUUCUGACUAUAGGCAAACGCGGCAUCCGGUAUGGCUGUGAAUGAUGAGUGCAAGUUAAAAUUUUUGGAGCUCAAGGCAAAGAGAACCUACCGGUAUAUCAUUUAUAAGAUUGAGGAGAAGCAGAAGCAAGUUGUUGUGGACAAGGUUGGCGAGCCUGCAAAUGGUUAUGAUGAUUUCACUGCCAAUCUUCCUGCUGACGAGUGUCGGUAUGCUGUUUAUGAUUUUGAUUUUGUCACCGAGGAGAAUUGCCAGAAAAGCAGAAUUUUCUUCAUAGCUUGGUGCCCUGAUACUUCUAGGGUAAGGAGCAAGAUGAUUUAUGCUAGCUCCAAAGAAAGGUUCAAGAGGGAGCUUGAUGGAAUUCAAAUUGAAUUGCAAGCAACUGAUCCUACUGAGAUGGGUCUUGAUGUAUUCCAAAGCCGUGCCAAUUAAACUAUUCUGAUUGAAUAGGAAUUUUCAUGUGGAAUUUGUCUAUAGUUUGACUGAUGGUCAACUUGGUUAAUUACAGACUUGAUUUUCCAAGUUUUUGACAUGAUGUCUAUUGCACCUUAAGCUUCUAUAUAUUGUUCCUAUGUUAUGGUUUGUGGCAUAUACAAUCUGUGUUUGUGUCAUUUUUAAACAUAUAGUCAUGUGCUUACUAAUUGAUUAA